GAAAUACAUCAGAUCCGAACAUGGGAGGCAAGAAGCAGUCGGCGUCGGCGGCGCCACGGCGUAAGAAGUUCCGGUUUGAGUACAUGGCAUUCCUAGUGGGCGUCGUUGUGGUGUUUCGUUGGUGGACAUCAACACAGUUGACCCCCACUCGCAAGAUUGGCCACAUCCAGCCUGCAAUCCUGUACACGCUGCAGAGCGACCCGAACGUGCAUGUGCUAGGAUCGUAUCCUCACGACAAGGCCGCGUUCACCCAAGGCCUGCUUGUGGAGUCUCCGGGAAUUCUGAUUGAGUCCACGGGUCUAUAUCAUCGAUCGUCCGUACGUCGAUUCAACGUCACCACGGGCGUCGCGAGCCACCACACGGCCCCGUUCAUGUCGACCGAAUUCGGCGAAGGGAUUACAUGGAACGCCGCAACCGACUCGUACGUUGUGCUCACGUGGAAGGCGAUGACAGGGUAUGUCCUUCACAAGGACGAUUUCCGUGUUCUGUCGACGUUUGCGCUGCCGCCGACGACGCGAGACCAAGGGUGGGGCAUCACGACGAUCACGGACACACAGGAGCUCGUCGUGAGCGAUGGAUCGCAUGUGCUGCAUGUGUGGGACCCCGUCACGCUCACCGAGACGCGGCGGGUGUCGGUGCUCUCUGCCGCGGGCCAACCAGUGGCAAAUCUCAACGAGCUAGAGUACGCUCGGGGCUACAUCUUUGCCAACAUUUGGUACUCGAACCUGGUGGCCCAGAUCGAUCCGAUCACGGGCGCCGUCGUGAACAUGCACGACCUGUCGUCGCUCAGCGCGCAGAAGAACGCCGACGGCGACGUGCUCAAUGGCAUUGCAUACGACUGGAAAAGUGAUUUGUUUUACGUCACAGGAAAGCUAUGGGAUACCAUGUACCUCGUACGGAUUGACGAUAAGCCACCGUCGACAUAAACCACAUGUCAUAUUGUGCUACUGUAUUUGGUAUUUUUGGUAGAUUCGACGAUGUGAAAUUCCUCGAGUCGUCGUUUUACUUCAACUAUUUCCUAAUGAAAUCACAUUUAUAUGGG